GUGGUUGUUUGAAAAUUAACUGGUAACAAGGAAUUUAACCAAAUGUAUAAACUUUGGUCAUUGUUUGGUUGUUGGUUGCUUGGGGUGCUCCAACUAAGUCCUCUGCCCACUGAAGCUCAAUCUACAAAUUCGGAAUUCUCUCAACAGCUGACUAUUUUUUCUACAAAUUUAUUUAAUCGAUUUUCGUAUUUCGAACCGAAAGAGAAUAUCAUCUUCUCCCCAUUUUCCAUACAAGCCUGCGCAGCCAUGGCUCGUUUGGGUGCAAAAAGGGAAACAGCCGUGGAAUUGGAUCAAGGUCUGCGUCUUUCUACUGAUACACAAAGGAUGGGGGAAAGUUUCCAUGAAGCCAUUUUAACCUUUGAGAAGAGUAAGAACCUUCAAAUUGCCAACAAGAUAUUCGUGAUGCAAGGUUACAGCCUGCGUGAGGGUUUUAAAAGGUUGUUAACCCAUCUAUUUCAUUCGUCGGUGGAGAAUUUGGACUUUGGAAAAAAUGAGAGGGCGGCGGCUACUAUCAAUCAAUGGGUGAAACAGAAAACCAAUAAUUUAAUACGAAAAAUAGUAGAUCCUAGUUCCCUAUCAUCCGAUUCCCGAAUCAUAUUGGUGAAUGCCAUACACUUCAAAGGCAAUUGGGUACACCAGUUUAACUUUAGAGCAACACGGAUUGAGCCAUUCCAUUUAAAUGACCAGCAGAUCAUGAAGGUACCCAUGAUGACCAUUGAUGCAACUUUUGGCUAUGUCGAGUUACCCGAAUUGGAUGCCACCGCCCUACAGUUGCCCUACAAGGACUCUGAUCUAUUCAUGUUGGUUGUAUUGCCCAAUAGUAAGUCAGGUUUGUCUCAAAUGAGGGAAAAACUACGAGCCAUCCAAUUGAUAAACAUCACGAAAAAACUCUAUCAGACGCAAGUGUGGGUCAAACUACCCAGGUUCAAAAGCGAAUUCCAAAUAGAACUCUCAAAUGUUUUUAAGACGUUGGGCAUGACUCGCAUUUUUUCAAGCGGUGCAGAUUUUAGUGGAAUGCUACAAAGUCCGCAAAACUUGAAAAUAUCCUCCAUUCUACACAAGGCCGUCAUUGAUGUCAAUGAACAUGGCACGGAGGCAGCAGCGUCAACUGCUACUGGUUUUGUAUUUACCACCUCAGUGAUAUCCCCGAAACCUGUUCAUUUUCACGCCGAUCAUCCGUUCUCAUAUUAUAUAAUGAACAAAGAAAACUACGUACUCUUUGCUGGCAAACUAUUGAAAGUGCUAAAUUCAUCAAGUUGUUGGUUGCUCGUGCUCCUCCAUCUGUGUCCUGGGACCACUGAAGCUCAAUCUUCCAAAUUGGAAUUCUCCCAGCGGCUGUCCGUUUUUUCAAACAAUUUGUAUAAUCAACUGUCGCUAUUGAAGCCGGAAGAGAAUGUCGUUUUCUCUCCAUUCUCCAUACAAACCUGCGCAGCAAUGGCUCGAUUGGGUGCGAAAAAGGAAACAGCCGCAGAACUGGAUCGCGGUCUGGGUCUUGUGUCUGAUACCAAAAAAAUGGCUGAAAGUUUCCAUCGAGCGCUUUCAACCUACAAGAAGAGUACGAUCCUUCGAAUUGCCAACAGGAUUUACGUGAUGAAAGGUUUCAAACUUCGUAAGCAUUUUAAUAGAUUGUUAACCAAACAAUUUUACUCAUCGGCUGAGAGCUUGGAUUUUGGCAAUAAUAAGAAGGCGGCGGCUUCCAUUAAUGGAUGGGUAGCCAAGAAAACUAAUAAUUUGAUAAAAGAUGUGAUAGAUCCUAGUUCCCUAUCAUCCGCUUCCCGAAUCGUAUUGGUUAAUGCCAUACAUUUCAAAGGCAAUUGGGUACACCAGUUUGCCGUUAAAGCAACACGAUCUGAACCAUUCUAUAUGAAGGACGGGAAGAGCUUAAAAGUACCCAUGAUGAACAUUGAGGAGACUUUUGGCCAUGCCGAGCUACCCGAAUUGGAUGCCACCGCCCUACAGUUGCCCUACAAGGACUCUGAUCUAUCCAUGCUGAUUAUUUUGCCCAAUAGGAAGACUGAUCUGCUUCAACUGGAGGGAAAAUUGCGAUCCACCAAAUUGAGUGAGAUCACAAUGAAACUAAAUCAAACGAAAGUAAUGGUUAAAUUGCCUAAAUUCAAAUCCGAAUUUCAAAUGGAACUCACAGAUGUAUUUAAAAAGUUGGGCAUGACUCGAAUAUUUUUAAACAAUGCAGAUUUUAGUGGCAUGCUACAAAAUCCGCAAGGAUUGCAAGUAUCCUCCAUUAUGCACAAGGCCUUUAUUGAUGUCAACGAACAUGGCACAGAGGCAGCAGCGGCAACUGCUAUUGUCACUAGUUUUAAGUCCUUGGCGAUUUCUCCGCAACCUGUUCAUUUUCACGCCGAUCAUCCGUUCGUCUAUUAUAUAUUGAACAAAGAUGACUACGUACUCUUUGCUGGCAAGCUGUUAAAGCCCAAAGGAGAUGCUUAGGUUAUGUCUCAACCCUGAUUAUCCGACAUAAAUACAGUGUGGUAGACAUUAACCAAAAAGA